AUGUUGUUCGUGAAAGCACCCGUUGGGGAGGAGAAGAGCGGAAAGAAGACGGCGACGGCUACUUCCGGUCAGAAGAAGGGCGGCGAAUUCUCCUCGGCUGUCAAUGGAGACUCGAAGACUACCGCGAAACCCUUUGAACUGCCUGGGUGCUCCGUUCAGGAUCCGGCUACCAAAUGCGGGUCUUCAGCACUGCAGCCGCCGGGGUCUCAGGAUCCUGCUAAGCGGUCGUCUUGA